AUGGGAUUGCUCGAUAGCCACCAAGGACGGCUGGAGCAGCUGGAACAAGAACUAGAGCGACAACGAGAAGUAAAGAGAAACCUAAGGAGAGAGGUUGAGCGGCGAAAAGAGCUUGAAGAAAAGCUCUUAAAAUUGGAAUUCAAUCUCCGAGGUAAGGGCUCUCGCACUGACCGAGAAGAUACUCCAUUAAGGGGAGAAGAUUCGUUCAGUGAAGACAUCAUGAAGGAAAAAGUUUCAAGGAAUUUCAAAAGCCCUGACAUGGAUCUGUACGACAAGACCACCAACCCAAAACAUCAUUUGAGCAACUUUAAAAGUUGGACGUACCUAGCCGACGCCUUUGAUGCUACCUGUUGCAAAGCUUUUCCAACGACCUUGACAAAGGCGGUGAUGAAGUGGUUCGAUAACCUCCCUCCAAGGUCGGUCACCAGUUUUGAUGACCUCUCGCAUAAGUUUCUUAUGCGAUUUUCAAUCCAGAAGGACAAAGUCAAGCAUACGUCUAGUCUCUUGGGAGUAAAACAGGAGGUCGGAGAACUCCUGGAGAGAUUCAACAAGGCAUGCUUGGAAAUCCAGGAUCUGCCUACAGAAGCAGUAAUCAUGGGCCUAGUAAAUGGACUCCGAGAAGGUCCCUUCUCUCAGUCCAUCUCGAAAAGGCAUCCGACUUCUUUGAGUGAUGUACAAGAAAGAGCUGAAAAGUACAUCAAUAUGGAGGAAAACACCAGACUACGAGAACCAAGUCGGCGACCUGGGCACUCUCAUCCAUCAAAGGAGAAGGAGAGAGAGCCCAAGAAAAAGGAAGAAGUCGGGCCUAAAAGGCCCAGGAGAUAUCACUCUUAUACUCCUCUGCAAGUUUCCUUAGUCGACAUCUACAGAAAAAUUUGUUAUACUGAAAAGCUACCUCCUCCUCGGCCCAUCAAGAACAAAAAUAGGGGAAGUCGUAGCAAAUUCUGUGAAUAUCACAAGUUAUAUGGGCACUCAACAAAUGAUUGUUACGAAUUGAAAAAUAUGAUAGAAAAGCUGGCCAGGAAAAGUCGGCUUGAUAGAUAUCUGAUGGAAAGGUCGGACCAUCAUGGAAAGAGGAAACGAGAUGAGGAAGAUCGGAGAAACACACCACCACGGACCCCGGAACGACAUGUACAUAUGAUCUCGGAAGGGUUCGCUGGUGGAGGACUCACAAAGUCAUCUCGUAAAAGGCAACUGAAAGAAGUUUAUCAGGUCGAGAGCGAAUUGCCCGACCUUCCAACAAUCUGUUUCACCAAAGAAGAUGGACAGGGUAUUGCCCCCGGACAUGACGAUUCGGUGGUAAUUACCGUGAUUUUCGCCAAUGUCCAUCUACACAGAACCCUGAUGGAUCAGGGGAGUUAG